AUGAACCCUGGCGAAGGCCUCCGAGUAAAACAAGCUACUUACCAUGGGGAUGGGGCGAAGCCAAAGGAGUUUCCGUCGGAUAUACUGUUCGACAUCUUUUCCCGACUACCCAUCAAGACACUCUUGCGCUUCAAGUGUGUCUCUCCGCUGUGGUGCACCAUCAUCGAUGAUCCAUACCUUGCUCGCCUGCAUCGACUCCAAUGCGUUGAAAAGCCCAAAGUUCUAGUUCUUGAACCCACGCGCAAACCGGCCGUCCCGGUGUUUAGAGAAGAUAGAAGCGGGAUCUUAAGGUUCGUAAGUCGCAAAUUAAAUGCAUAUUCUCUGGAGAGCUGCUGCAAUGGUUUGCUUUGCUUCACAAGAAUUUUUGUGAAUUGCAACCAUAGCCCUUUGUUUUUGGUUAAUCUUCAACGGCAACAAGUUGUAGAGCUGCCACGUCCGCCAUGCAUAGGCACCCCGUGGCCUCCAGUGCAUACUUCAGAUUCAGAUUGCAAGUGUAGUUAUGGUUUGGGGUUUGAUUGUGCAACAAAUACGUACAAGAUUGUUGUAGUUUUUUUCAGUGGAAAUCCAGGCCAAGAUGGUAAUUUAUGUGCUCAAGUCUACACUCUUGGAGGUAGAGGAUCCUCAUGGAGACCCGUUAAAGGUCCUCCUAAUUGUAGUUUCUAUGACAAGCCUGAAUGUGAACGUGGUUUCUAUGAAAUGCCUGUAUAUGCACGUGGAGCGCUUCAUUGGCUUGUUAAGCCCCAAGGUUAUAACCUUCCUUGGCUUUUUAAGCCCCCAGGUUAUAACGACGUUCCUUCGCAUGAAUUUCAAAGGGAUCUAAUUAAUAUUGUUUAUUUUGAUGUUGGGAAGGAGGAGUUUGGGUUGAUUUCUCCACCCAGAUCUAGAACUGGGACCCCCUUUCAUUUAGUUGAUCUCGGAGGAGACUUGGCCGUUGUUAUUAUAAAAUAUCAUUUUUGGUUAAUCCAAAUAUGGGUAAUGAAGGAAUAUGAUCAAAAGAAAGAGUGGGUCCAAGAAUACAAGAUCUAUCUUGAUCAGGUGAACAGUAUUCUACCAUCCAUUAGAGUUAUGGGGCUGUUUGAGGAUGGUGAAAUACUAGUGACGGUGAACUGGAAGAGCUUUCUCUUCUAUAAUCCAAAGACCGAUGUGCUAAAGCGCAGACGCCACUAUAUUCCAAGGGUGUUCGAUUUUGAAAGAGAAGUCUUAUGUCACAACAUGGGUACCCUACUAUCACUUGACAUGUUUCGGGAAGAGGGUAGUACUCUACUAUCACUUGAUAUGUUUCAGGAAGAGUAA